AUGUCCUCUUCAUCCUCCUCCUCGUCCUUGUCCUGGAAAAAGCCGUUUGAGCAAGGUGUGGUUGCGUUCAAGGAGAAGAGGCUUUUUAGAUUGGAGAUUGAGUAUGGCGUGUGUAUGGGGGGUUCUAGAGCAUUCAAGUCGACGAUUCGCACGCGCAUGUGUUUGAUUCCCGGGCAGCUGCUUACGAGCAGCUCAAGCGGUUCCGGGAAGCCUUGGCCGAUACGCGAAAGUGUAUUGGUCUUCAGCCGGAACGAUACCAAAACGGCCAGGAUCUUCUUGACCAUUGGCAAACAUGAUCGAGCAGUCCAGAUGGUCGAGGCUGCGCGCAAGAGAUUAAACGCCUCGGACGCAGGGUACCAGAAACGAAUCGAGGAGCUCGCCAAGGUCGAGCAAUCGGCGCGAGAGGCCGAAGCGAGGAGACGUGCGCAUGUGGACCCGUUGCGCAAACUGCCGCUCGAGUUGUUGGACGAUAUCUGUCGGCUGGUCGUUCGCGAUAUGGACUUGGAGCAUCCGCGCGGCGCCGCUCAUUUCGCCAUCACGCUCGGGUCCGUGUGCAAGAGUUUACGAGAGAUGGUGUAUUCUGUUCCCUGGUUCUGGCAGUCCUUGUCCAUCUCGGGAAACCAGUUUGGAAAGAAGAGUGCGUUUUGGUUGGAGCGAUUGGACGGGCAGGGAUUGUACUCGCUUUCCUUGGUUGAUAUCCCACCGAAUAUGGCUCCGAAGCUUUGGAAGUUUAUCGAGGCGACUCGGCCCGAGUCUUGGAAGCACUUGACGAUCAUCGGGAUGGAUGCGUUUGGUUAUACCGCUCUCGACGUUAUCCGGAAUCACAAUGUGCAGCUGCACUCGCUUUCGUUUCGACCUGGUCUGCUCCCUGUUCAUUCGACCCAUCCGAAUGUCGAGACAUGUGAUCCCGACAAGAUCAUCUCUCUCUUUUCACCUCGCUCCGACCCUUUGGGCACACGAAAACUCGCUUUACAUCUUGCGCAGUCUCAUCGUCCGCCCCGCAAACGUGUUCGUCAACAACCAACAUCCCAAUUUGCCCCCCUUCCAGACUUUAAAGAUAUUCCCGUCCUACGUCUUGAAAACCUUGAAGAAUUACGGAUCGCAACCAUUGGGCCGUUACACUCUUUAACCACACUCGUAUUUCCCAAAUUACAGAUCCUCGACCUCCAACAACUCUCCGCUGUGAAGCCUGCUAUUCUAUUACGCUACUUGACAGACUGUGACCCGUCCGACAGGCCGCCCCUGCGGGAACUCCGAUUGAGUCGAGUGGCAAUGCAUUCGCCCCUCUUACUCUCCCUCCUCAACACAUUUCACGAGACCCUCGAGUUCCUAGAAGUCUCGUACUGCAGCGCUUUCCCACCCGACCUCUUUUCCACUCUCUCAUUCCCCAACCUGCGGGAUGUGAAUUUCUCAGGCGCAGACGAGUUGCGUGCUUCACACUUGGUCAAGAUGGUCAAGAACGGAAAGGGAAUGAUACGUAAUAUUGUUGUGGAUGCGUGUCCGUGUGUGGACCCCGAAGCUUUACCGUGGUUGAGGGCGAAUGCCAUAGCCUUUGGAGCAGAGGUGGAAGAAAUGAUGGACGAUACCGAUGAUCGUGAUUCAGGUUUGGCCAAGCGCUUCAAACUGCAUAUGCAUCCCAGUGAAAUGAGGGAGAAAUAUUCUAUUAAGCUGGAUCUCCGGUUUGUUACCGAAGCGGAGGCAUCGGUACAUUAUUGCAUUAGUCAUAGUAACAUUUCUAACCGGCUUAAGGCCGGGCUGAAUUUUGCUGUAUGCGAUGCUGGCGGAUCAACGGUGGAUAUCACUGUGUAUACAGUGACUUCAAUGAGCCCUUUACUCAAGUUGGCAGAAAAGAGGGACUCAGCGUGCAUUCAGGCGGGUGGGCUGUAUGUAGAUGACGCGGUCGAAAAGUACCUUGAAGAUACCUUGACUAGGGCUGGAAUCGAUCCCGAAGAUAUCAAAGAAUAUGUCGAGGAAGGUGUCAAGGAUUUUGAGAAAUUCCCUAAGCGCCUGUUCUCGGAUGGCUCUGAUAGCCUCAAGCUCAAAUUAGGCGAUAAAGGACUAACAAACCGAAAUCAGCGUUCGCCGAGGCGUUAUGACACCAUUAUCAAGAGUGUUGAUGAUCAAAUACGCGGAAUAAAUGUUUCACAUAUUCUCCUUGUCGGAGGAUUUGGGGAUAGCCCUUACCUUCAACAGCAACUCAAGGAACGUUUAGCUCUCAUCUUGUAUAAGUCAAGCCAAACUGACACUGCCAAUAGAUCCAAGGCGGUUGCAGAAGGUGCUAUCAUGUGGAAUACUAUGACAAGCGUAUUUAGCCGUGCGCCAAAUUGGUCGUAUGGUAUACAAGGCUACGUUAGGUUUGACUCCUACUCUAGCGACCAUCGCGAACGAACUACGUUCACAACUCCAGAUGGUUAUCAAAAGGUCACUGGUGUAUGGUGUGAGAUUGUGAAGAAGAAUGCUAUCGAGGACCAAAAAGUAGAAGUGAACAGACUCAAGUCGGAGCUUGAAAUUUGCGGCAUUGAAGGACGCCAAUCACGAACUCGAACUGGAAAUCAUAAACUGCGGGUUGAGCUUCAGUCGAAUGAAGAUCGGUUGAAGCUAGAAAUUCACGAGAAAGAGGAAAUCAGCAAGCUCAGCUCAGAAAGGAAUUCAGAAAUCGAAGAGAUACGGGACCAACUACGAGUAAAGGACGAAGACUUGGCGAAGCUCAAAGCCGAUAACGAACGCAGGUCAGGACACAUCCGUCGACGGUGCACAUGUACAGGAAAAGGAAAAGACAACAGAACUCAAGCCAGUGUCAAUGGUCUACGCACUGUAUCGAGUCCAAAGAACAUGAAAUGGACCGUUUGA